AUGCUUUCAUCCAAGUUCGCCUUCCUCCAAAUGCUAUGCUGAAAGCAGAUCGCCAAAUCACAUGCUCAAAUAUGGGUUUUGGUUUUUAUCUGGAUUGAAUCCUGCAUACAGAAGAUUUUAUUGAAAUUAGCUUACCAUUAGUUUAACAUUAAUAAAUUAGAUUUAUUGUAAGCUACUCUAUUGAUGCCUAUCUAAUAUAUUGAACCAAAACCUUUAAAGAUACAUGGAAAACCGUAUGAUGCCCGCAAUUUUCUUUAAUUUAGACCAUGUGGAUGAUUGUCAUUCCAGCUACAGAAGAAAAGACCACUUGACUGGCCAUCUAUUUCAUCACCAAGGAAAACUCAAGUGUCCAAUUGAGAACUGCAAUCGUGAAUUUGCCUUCCAAGGUAACAUGAAUAGGCAUGUCAGUGAACUUCAUAGUGAGGAUUGCCCUUCGGCCAAUGAUGGAUGUCAGAAGCAGCAUGUGUGCCAAGAAAAAGGUUGCUUAAAGGUAUUCAGAUUCGCUUCCCAGCUGCGGAAGCAUGAGGAUUCCCAUGUAGAGUGGAGGCAUUUUGUUCUGAGUAUGAAACAAUUUUCUAACGAGCAAUGCCUUAAAGCUCAUAUUCAGUCCUGCCACCAACAUAUUACCUGCGAGAUAUGUGGGACCAAACAGCUGAAAAAGAAUAUCAAAAGUCAUCUGCGCACACAUGAAGAGGGAGGUUCAAUGGAGAGAAUUAAAUGUGAUUAUGAGGGCUGUCUUCAGACGUUUACUAAAAAAUCGAAUCUCCGUCAACAUGUGAAGGCUGUUCACCUUGAAAAUAAACCAUUUGUCUGUUGCUUUCCGGGUUGUGGCAAAAGAUUUGCCUACAAGCAUGUGAAAGACAACCAUGAAAAGAGUGGAUGCCAUGUCCAUGCACACGGGGACUUUGAAGAGGCUGAUGAAAAAUUCCGGUCCAGGCCAAGGGGAGGGCGUAAGAGGCAGUGCCCCACUGUAGAGAUGUUGGUUCGGAAAAGGGUGAGUCUUUCAAAACAAUCGGGGCAGGACUGAGAACUUCUAGGUUGAUCUCUCAAGAGGAGGAUGAGACAAGGAGCAUUAUAGUAUGCUGGGUCUGGCCGGGAAGUGGUCUUUAAUUAAAUUGUAGUGUCUGUAUU